AUGAGUGAGAAUAAAACGAAUGAGAAUAAUACGUAAGUUUUACAUCAUUCUAGUCUUUGUAAAAGGUUUGCAUUUUAUACCUGCCUCACGUUUAUAUUGUCAUGUUUAAUUUCCUCUUACAGGGUUGGUAUAAAACCGCAAAAGGAAAAAAAGUUUAGAUGGAAAUCUAAACAUGAUAUUUCGCUGUUAAUUGAGGUGAUUUCCACCGAGCCUUACAGAUGGAGACAUGGCUCUCGAGAACGCGGAGAGGCCUUUCGAAGAGUUGCUGAAAACCUAAAACUAAUACCUAAUUCUGCCUUUCCCAUCAGCCUCAAUCAACGUGGAGUUCGCACUAGAUUUUUCGAGCUGCUUGACUCUUUCAAGAGGCAAGAAGGCACAGAAGCUAGGGCGACUGGUAUUGAUGCAGAGUUUGAUGAAAAAACACAGUUGUUAAUGGACAUCCACAACCGUAUGAAAGAUUUCGAACUUGGCUUCGUCCAAGAGAUAGAAAAAAAGCAGGAGCAACAAGAGAAAGAAAAGGCAACCACAGAGGAAAUGCGGCGAAAGGCAAGUGUUUUACUCGGGGAAACUUCACAACGAAAAGAGCUAGUUACCCCAAGCAAAAAAAGAAAGUCUACUGAGUUUGUGGAAUACUUAAAGCAAAAAGAAGAGGGCAACAGACUAAAUACAGCAAGGCAGCUAAAUAAUCGCGAGGAAGAAUUAAAAUUGGAAAAACAAAAGCUAGAUUUACAACAAGGGAUGCAAAAUCAAAUGUUGGAGCAAUUGAGAAUGCAGCAACAAUCUCAAGUAGCAAUGUUUAAUUUGUUUCAAACCUUUUCAGAUAAGUUCAAGUCCCAAUAA